ACUGACUCCCUUCCUUUCCCCUCCCACCCGCCUGCCUGCUGGAGGCGGAGGCAGAGGCAGCAAGCCCCAUUAUAAAAAGCCAUUAUAAAAAGCGACAGAGCGCAGGCAGCGAGGGGACAGCACUUAGCUCAGACACCGGCGGCCCGGCCCUGCCUGGACCCCUGCACGGACCUCAGCCCGCCCUGAACCAUGGCUCCUCCACCCCUCUCGUGGCUGCUCCGCCUGGCUGCCCUUUGCCAUCUGACCAUGCUGCUGGCCGGACAGCACCAUGGUGUGAAGAAAUGCAACGUCACCUGCAACAAGAUGACCUCGGAGAUCCCCGUGGCCUUACUAGACCACUACCAGCGAAAUCAAGAAUCCUGCGGCAAGCCUGCCAUCAUCCUGAGGACGAAAAAGAACAGAAUCUUCUGUGCCGAUCCAGAGGCGGAAUGGGUUCGGAGAGCCAUAACACAUCUAGAUCGCCAGACUUCUGCUCCGAUCCAAGAUGGCGGCAGGUUCGCGAUGCAGAUCGGUGGGGGUGAGACCAGGACCACCACGGCCACCGUGGGAAUGGACAGUCCUGCAGUCACAGAGCCCAAAGCCACCCAGGAAAACAGUGGCCAGGAGACACAGAGCGCCUCGGGGACUUCCCCAGAGCUGCCAGCGGGAGUGGCUGAUUCCUGGGGGACCAGGUUCCCCUCCACUCCCAAGGCUCCAAAUGGAGGAGCACCAGCUGGGUCCCAGAAAACUGAGUUUUUCAACGCUGUUGCCCUCACCACCGCAACAUCCUGGCAGAGUUCCACUGCCUACAAGCCCAGGUCAGGCCUCUGGACUGAGGGAAAGGCCUCUGAGGCCCUCCCCACCCAGACCUCCCCCACCCAGGCCUCCCCCACCCCGGCCUCCUCCACCCCGGCCCCCUCCACCCAGGCCCCCUCCACCCAGGCCCCCCCCACCCAGGCCCCCUCCACCCAGACCCUCCUUACCCAGGAUCCCCCUGCCCACGUCCCCACCGUUUCACACAGAGCCUCAGAGGACAGCGUUGGCCCUGAAAGCCAACCUGCGUGGAUCACGGGAGACGAUCCCACGCCAGAGAACCCUCUAGAGCCUGAGGAGAUGGGUCCUAUUUCAGCUCACACAGAUGAUUUUGGGGGGCCUGAAGGCACUCCCCGUUUCUCCACAGUCCCCAUCUCCUCUCAAGGGGUUCCCAGUAGGGAGCCAGUAGUCUCCGGUAGCUGGACCCCCAAGGCAGAGGAGCCCAUCCAUGCCACCAUGGACCCCCAGAGGCUGGGUGUCCUCAUCACUCCUGUCCCCGACUCGCAGGCAGCUACCCGGAGACAGGCGGUAGGGCUGCUGGCCUUCCUCGGCCUCCUCUUCUGCCUGGGGGUGGCCAUGUUUGCCUACCAGAGCCUCCAGGGCUGCCCCCGCAAGCUGGCAGGGGACAUGGUGGAGGGGCUUCGCUAUGUCCCCCGGAGCUGUGGCAGCAAUUCCUAUGUCCUGGUGCCGGUGUGAGCUGCCCACCUGCCUGCCUCCAGUUGUUCGACUCAGACAGCUGCCUGGGGUCCCCCGUCCUCACACCCACUGGUCCCCAAGGGCCUGACCUGAGCUGGGAUGAUUGGAGCAAGGAGGCAGGAUCUUCUACAUGCGAUGGCUCCCGGCUCCCGGGCAUAGCCCAGGAGGCCCCUCUUGACCACUGUUGACCCCCUGGGGACAGAAGUGGUGGCCUGUGCAACUCAACCCCAAUGUCCCCAAGUCAGGAAACUUCUGCUGCUGGCUGGUGAGAGGUUCCCUUUGACACCGUCCCAGACCCGAUGAGCAAUUAUUUAUUGGAAAAUGCCCAGCCCCUCUGGUACGUCCCCAGGUGGCCCACGGUCACCCCAUCUCACAAAUGAGCCUCAGGCCAGGCCCCCUCUGCCCACUCCCUCAGACCUCCUCAUGUCUCUUGGUCCCGCUGCAGUCGCCAGUCACCCCGGCAACCUGCGGUGCUAUCUCCCCCCGUCCCCUGUACAGAGCCCACACCCAGCCGGGGACCUGUCUUUUCUUGCAUGAGCCUAGUGUGGUGUUCCCUGGGACGGCUCCUGGGAAGACUCUGCCCUCCGUUAGGCAUUGUGGGAAGGGGACAUGAAGUGACCUGGUGGCUUGGGUGGGUUUUCUUCUCCCCAGCCAAUGCCAUGCAUUGGCGGAACCUCGGCUGUGCGCGUCUGAAGGCUGGGGUUCUCGUGCCCAGUUUGCCACCAACCCAGCAAAGCAUUCGUACCUCUGCUUUCCCGUCUGCAGAAGGAAAGAGACUUGGCAAAUGUGUGACAGUAACCUGUACCCUGACGGUCCUCACUCACUGCUCUAGACCCGGUUUCCCACACCCGGGUUGUAGUCUCACAAAAGAACACCUUAGCCUGUCUUCA